AUGGAAGGGAUGGCGCCCACGCCAAGCAUGAGUCGCCAACCGAUGUGGGACGGGAGCUUGGAAAAGCCGAAGUUGGAGACGAAAAGAAGUGAGAAAUCCGCGGGACGAAGCAGGAGCCACCUCAGCAGUGUAGACAGGGGCUAUCAUGAGAGCAUAUCCGACCCCUAUGCCGGCCACAAACCGACCGACCAUGAGGAAGGCGUAAUUUGUGGCGAACCCCAUAAGAAGGGCUCCACAGAAGAAAAUUGCACCGGCAAACACAAUAGUGUAGCGGCGGCCAAUCCAGCGGGUCAAAAUGGUUUUGGUGGGGAAAGGCCUGGUAUUUCGCAGGUUUCCCUUCAGCCAUGGGAGAGAAAAACUGAAUAUGAGAGGAGAAGGAAGAGAGUUUGGAAUACUGAGAGUGUAGCGCAAAUGAGUAGAACUUGGCUUUGCAGAGGAGAAAGAUGGAGGAACUAA